AUGCAGGUCGAUACUCAUACACAGCCCUACCAAGAUCCUCGCCGCCAGCAACGCCACCCCCAGGAUGUGCAGGCUAACGGCUAUGCUUCCGCCCUUGCUGCCGGCAACCUCUUAAUGCCAGAGGCACAAGGCACAUUUACCUUUUCUGCCGAGCCUGCGUCAAUGGUAUACGAUGGGUCCAUGGUAUCCUCCAGUACACCUGGGCAAGACUCCAUCUUCACUCCCAACAUUGGAUCUUCUCUUGACUCUUCAUUACAUCCGGACAUGCCAUACCCACCACCAAACACGUACAACCAAUCCCAAAUCUAUGGUCUUUCUCCAAACUCCUGCUACGGAAACGGCCAAAGCAUUUCGCCCCAACACUCGGUAGAGCACUUCAGCCCCGAGGCCGGGUACUCGAGUGACGGCAAUUAUCAAGACCCCAGCACUUGUCCGACACCAAACUUCAACGCGAACAUUCUGGACGAGUUCUCCGCGCUCAACUUUGCCGAAAGCAGCUCGAACACCAACUUCCCACCCUUCCAAGGAAACGAUGACCUGUCGGUCUUGACCCCAAACACCCUGAACAUGUACAACGCCCAGGCAGCGAUGGCCCAUAGUUAUACUUCACUGGAUCCCCAUCAGCAGCUACUCACGCCCAGCAUGACUAACACCUCCAGUCCGGCAAUGGUUGAUGAGAGCUCUACAUUCCCUUCAACACAGUAUAAUGGGCAUGCAGCAACACCACCAAACCAUGCGACUCAUCUCCAGCACUCGACGCCCAUGAAGCCGAUGCAAAGCCCAUCACAGACAAGCAGCCCCGGACAUGUACCACCAGUAAACAUCCAGCCCCUUACGCGCCACUUGACGAGCCCAAUCGUACGCGUUGAGAACUACAGCAGCAGAGAGGGAUCGCCGUCGCGCUCAGACAACAGCAGAUCUAUUAGCAGGCGAAGCUUCAGUAGCCGGCACUCCGGCAACCAUCUAUCCCCCUAUGCGCACAAUGACAUUUCCGACGACGAAUCGGAAUCACACGAACGCUAUUAUAUCCAGUCAGUCGCUAGUAGGCCUGAGCGGAACGAAGAUGGAUCAUGGCUGUCACCUGAAGGAUCUGGUCAAACAGGUCUUAAUCCGGACGACCGCCGGAAGAUGGGAGAUGCAUGGAUUCCAAGCAUAGAGGAGAUUGCCGAACAACGAUCCAAGGACGAAAAGAAAUUGGAAGUGCAAGAAUGGCUCACAAAAAGUGAGGUAGGAAGCGAGGCAGGAGACGUGCCGCCUGCGAACAACUUGCUGAAGCCUUUUACCGGCCGACGCAGAGCCAAGAGCCACAAUGACAUUCAACGACAAGCGCCGCCUGGUAGCUUUGGUCUCGGCGUCCGUACAGACUUUGGUCGUAUUGACGACUCUGGGAUACCUGGACCUGGUGUCUACAUUGAUGAGCGAAGCGAUUUCGGCGACUACGAUUACGAAGAUGAUGAGUCACUAGAGCCUGAAUCACCGCCUGCCGCAAUCGAUGUUGGCGCAAGUCAUAUUGAAAACUCCUACUUUCCACCGACGCAUGAGACCAUUUCAAAGGUUGGUGGUGUGGUAAAGCCAUGGGUUGAUGUACCCUUGCAGCCAUCACAGUCAUCAAGCCCUUCUGCUCGCUACCAACCACCUACCUCGAACGCUGCCAUGAUGCGAUUCCGACUACGAGCAAAGGACAUUGAACAAGCCUCACUUGCUGUCACUGUCGGAUCACGUCGUCUCAGCGAAUCUGAUCUUGGUAGCAUUCGCGCCGCACCGGGUGUGGUAAAGCUGAUUGAACCUGAUCCGAAGAAGAGUAAAGAGCGCCAACGCCGCCCGAGUUUCUUGGAUACUAUCCUUCCCAAGCGUGUCCCAAGCAAUUUGCUAAAACGCAAGAGCAGCAUACCUGUGCAGCCAUCGGAUGCCUCGUCGGACAAGUCGAAAGAACCUACCAUGGAGAAACCAAAGCGUAUGAGUAGUUGGGGUCGUCCAAAAUCACCUCGAGUGGACACCAAUCUCAGCAGUGGUAACAAAGAUGGCGGCCCAGCAAGUUCCACGGGUCUGACUGUAGCGGCGCCUGCGCCAUGGUACAAGGAUCCAAGGAAUGUUAUCAAACGCUCUCGGAGCAGGAGUGACAUUGGCAGGUCACCAGGCCUCGCAGAACUUAUGACACAGCAUGGGGGUCCGCCAAUGCCCAUGCUUGCCUCCCCACUUGCAGACACAGAGGCUACGAAGCCUUCGGCACAGCCAAGUCCAGCUGGGGAUGAGGAUGAUGAUGACCAUGAGCCAGUGACAAUGGACCUCACGGUUCGCACAGACCCCAUCAUUCCGACCUCCGAGGGCUUCAAGGCCAACGCUCGACAGCUCAAUCCACGCCUGGAUGAGUUCAUGGUCGAACGUAUCGCUCAAGAGCAGAUGAGAAGGUACAAAAGACUGCUGGAGUUUAAGGUGAAGCAUUUGAAUGCCGUACAAAAUAAGAAGUGCGCAUCAGGAAGCUUUUGUACAGAUCUUGGCGGACAAGCCAAACUUCUUCCUCCACGAACAGGAGCCAAGGACACUGAUGGCCCAUUCAUCGGCUUUCAGGUCGGUGCUCCAGGUUCGUCUGACGAUGAUGGUGAGCAUUUGGUCGAGGGAAAUAUUGCACCUGCCGCAUUCCCUUCUGGAGUACCCCUUCCUCCAGUGAAGCGCCUUCCUGCUGAGUUUGAAUGUCCUUUGUGCUUCAAAGUGAAGAAAUUCUACAAGCCGUCAGACUGGACCAAGCACGUACACGAAGACGUGCAACCCUUCACGUGCACAUUUCCAAACUGUGGUGAACCAAAGUCAUUCAAGCGCAAGGCUGAUUGGGUUCGACACGAAAACGAGCGGCACCGCCAGCUUGAAAACUGGACAUGCCAGAUUGCUGACUGCAACCACGUAUGCUAUCGCAAAGACAAUUUUGUGCAGCAUCUCGUCCGCGAGCACAAGAUUGCCGAGCCCCGACAACGCACCGGCCGAUCUGGCAACAAGGACGCUCCAUCAACGAAUGACCAAGAAGAUGUUUGGGCCAUUGUUGAACGAUGCCGUCGCGACACGGCAAAGCAGCCCAAGGAUGAGCCAUGCAGAUUUUGUGGCAAUAUUUGCAAUAGCUGGAAGAAACUGACGGUGCACCUUGCAAAGCACAUGGAGCAAAUCAGCAUGCCUAUCCUUCCCCUUGUUGAUCAAAAGCAGCUCAACGCCGACAGUAUCAUCAGCCCUGUCGUCGAGCUACCGGAGAACAGAAGGCUUUCCCACACGCAUACGCGAUCAUCCAUGGACAGUCCAGGGCAGAGCAAUCCUAGUUUGGCAUAUGCACCUGGCGUGGACCCCAACAGUCUUUACCCUCAGGACUCGAAGGCACAAAUGGCAUCUGCUACGAUGCAAACCUAUCCCCCGCCACAGAUGGCACUACCGUCAAGUCAAGUCAGUGGAUACAACGGCUAUACUGCAAGCAAUGCAAGCCAGUUUUCGCAGCAGACCUAUCCAGGGCUGCAGGGCCCCUCGAAACUGCCGGUUGGCUAUUCCAAUGGGCUGCAGCUUCCCAGCCAGUCAUACCAGAACAGCAACAUGCAGAGCGGAAUACAGCAAUAUGGGAUGACGCCGGUAAGCACUGUUCAACAACAGCAGCAGUCCAUGUACACCGACUCUCCUGUUGAGACGACCAUGAUACCCUUUCCUUCUUAUUACACUCAGGAAUCUCAAGGCUUGACGACGGAGAUGCCGAACAUGAGCUACGACAGCAGCAGCGAAAUGCCAUACCAGCAGAACAGCACUUAUACUGCCAUGGCGUAUCUAACGGCACAACACCACUAUCAAUACCAGCAGCAGCCAUAG